GGAACCAACCGCUCCUCAACGGUUAUGGAAGACACUGCGGUCUCUGCGCUCCAUUGAAAUACACUCAGUCGUACUUCUUUAUGUGAAUACUUCUGUGGCUGUUGCGAGCAAACCGUGGAUACGAGCACCGGUCCAUCGGUAGUGCUCGUUAUAUCGGUGCCGAACUGAGUUUUUGGGCGUGUUGUGAGAGUAAACAGGCCCGGUAUUGACCACCGAUAGUAAACUGAACUUUUCCGAGACCCAAAGUUGUCAGGCAGCGCAUCUUGCACGCAUGCGCAUCCUCCUAUCCAGCUCUAAAUAAGAGUUAAAACAGAAACGAGGUUGGGGAUAUCAGAGGAGUGGGAAUGACCGACACUCCGCCCAGCGAUGGCCCCUCUCAGGGAGCUGAGUUUGAUAUGAUGGGUGCUCUGGACUGGAAGGACGGUAUUGCCACGCUGCCGGGUAGUGACAUCAGGUUCCGCAUGACAGAGUUUGGGACUCUUGAGAUUGUCACAGACCUAGAGGUCAAAGGGCAGAAGACAGAGCCUAAGCCUGAGACCUUGGACCCAGCACAGUCUCACACUCCUACACCUCCACCAGAGGGCCAAUCACAGACUGGCACAGCCACAACUCCAGCCACUCAGAGUCAGCCUGGAUCGUCUCAAGUUAAAUCUCCUGGUCCUGUGCUUCUGUCUUUAGAGGAGGGCCCCAGUAUGGAGGGCCCGAGUGUGGAGGUUGGUCCCAGUGUUGAAGUUGGCUCCAGCGCAGACAUGGGCCCAAAUGGGGAGCUGUCAAGGUGCCGAGCCUGCGGUAGUCGUGUUGCCCGCGAUGCCCUCCUUCAGGGCAAAUUCUGUAGCUCAGUUUGUGCCCAGCCCUCCAGCGGCAGAUCAUCUCCAGGGGAAGCAAGGGAGAGUCAAGCAGUUGAGGGUGAGAGGCUGGGGAAACGUGUGCGCAAAAAGAGGAAGAUCUAUAUGGAUUCUGGUGAUGAAGAGGAAGACAACCAAGAGGAACCAGAGGAGAAGGCCAAGACCACCAAAGGCAGGAGAGGUGCCAAAAUUGCCAAACUGGUGACAGCACCAGCCAAUAAGAAACGCGCGUGGAGCUGGCCUUCUUACUUGGAAGAGGAGAGAGCCAUCGCUGCUCCUGUGAAACUAUUCAAGGAGCACCAGUCGUUUCCUCAAAGCAGGAACAGUUUUAAGGUUGGAAUGAAGCUGGAGGGGCUGGACCCGUCUCAUCCGUCUCUGUUCUGUGUUCUCACGGUCGCAGAGAUCCAAGGCUAUAGGAUUAGGCUCCACUUCGAUGGUUACCCAGAAUGCUACGACUUCUGGGCCAACGCCGACUCAUGGGAUAUAAAACCAGCUGGCUGGUGUGAGAAGAACGGGCAUAAGUUAUUGUUGCCUAAAGGUUGUAAGGACGGAGAGUUUAAUUGGAGCAUGUAUGUGAAGAAUUGUAGGGGUCAGCUGGCCCCAAAACACCUUUUCAAGAGCCUCAACACAUCUGUGACUCCGUCUGGAUUCAGAGCAGGGAUGAAGCUGGAGGCAGUGGACAGGAAGAACCCAUCGUUGAUCUGCGUAGCAACUAUUGCUGCUGUCGUCGACAACCGGCUGCUCAUUCAUUUUGACAACUGGGAUGACACGUAUGAUUAUUGGUGUGACGCUAGCAGUCCAUACAUCCAUCCUGUGGGAUACUGUGAAGAGGCUGAGCUAACUCUGACCACUCCAGCUGGUAAGACACAGACCAAGACACACGUGGAAUAUAAACAACCCAAGAGUUUCUCAUGGGAGAAGUAUUUGGAAGAGACGGGCACACAGGCUGCUCCUGCUCGGGCUUUUAAACCGCGACCUCCACAUGGCUUCCAGAUUGGGAUGAAAGUGGAAGCUGUGGAUAAGAGGAACCCCAUGCUCAUCCGUGUUGCAACCAUAGCAGACACAGAGGACCACCGACUAAAGAUUCAUUUUGAUGGCUGGAGUUCGGAGUAUGACUACUGGGUGGAGACAGACUGCCCUGAUCUGCACCCUGUAGGCUGGUGUCAGAAGACUGGACACCCACUACAAUAUCCCAACGGCUCCAGUGAUUUAGUGACUGCCCCGGGCCAAGGAUGUCCUACCCCAGGAUGCAACGGGGUUGGCCACAUUAGAGGACCUCGCUAUGGGACCCACUACACUCAGGUGAGUUGUCCCUACUCGGAGAUGAAUCUGAACAAGGAGGGCUUGCUGCCAGACCGCCUCAGCGGAGAACGACCCCUCGCCCUCAGUGGACCUCAUCCACGUGGCCGACGCCCGGACCCUCACGUGAACACUACAACACAGACAUCCUCGAUGCUGGACCAGCCAGACGGAGCGGAAGACUCCCAGAACAGGAAACCAGUGACAGUGGAAGCUGAGCGUGUAGGACGUAAUGCUCAGCCUGAGCCAGCAGGUGGAGCCAGUGAGCAGAGCCACAAUGGAACAAGGCCUAAACGGACGGCUCCAGUCCCCAAAUACCUGAAAAUGCACUACGUUAAAGAGGAGAUUGGCGACAGUAAAGCCUCUCCAGACGCCAUCUCUCUCCAGCAGGCCCUCCACGAGUCUGUGUUUUCCCCCGGCAUCUCCGCCUCUCCCCCCCACCGGGUGGCUCUCUGCUGGGACAAACACUGCCAGCUGCUGCCCGAGGUUCUGGGGCUGACUGCCAAGAGAGUGGCCACUUGGAGCGCCGAGGAGGUGGCCUCUUUUGUCAAAGGACUCCCAGGAUGUAAAGAACAUGCUGCUACAUUUAAAACUGAGCAAAUCGAUGGCGAGGCCUUUCUGCUGCUCACCCAAGCGGACAUCGUCAAGAUCCUGUCCAUCAAGCUAGGACCUGCCCUGAAGAUUUACAACUCCAUCCUCAUGUUGAAGAACGCAGACGAAGAGUAAGACCGGACUCUCAGGAGGAAUCGCUCCCUCUUCACUGGUUUCAUCAACACUCAGCUAAAGACAUUUUGAUAAAAUCAGCCAGAACAGUUUUCAUGUGUCGAGCUCUGCAACAGUGCAGCUACACGAAACAAGUGGAAGCCAUCAUCUCUACAAACGUCCAUCCCUCCCCCCUCUCCCUCUCCCUCCUCUCUCUCUCCCUCCUCUCUCCAUGAUGGACAGUACAGAUCACCCUGAGGGAGAGUUUUACAUGAGGAUUCCUUGACUUAUAUCGUGUUUGUUUACCGAAUCAUUUAAAAAAAAAAAGAACUACAGGCACCUUCAAUGCUUCUUAAUAUUGUACAGAUUAUGGAUUGGAUCUAGUGUCAUGAUUCUGUUGCGUUUCCUGUUUUAUUUGAACUGUAAUGGUGCUUGAGCUCAGAGCAGAUGGAACAAGAGCGUUUGUGCUUUGUUGCAUUUUACCAGGCAACAGAUACUUUUUUUUUAAGCUGCAAAAUACAAUCGUGAGGUGGCGAGAGGUUUUUAAAAAUGUGAAACCCAGUGGAGCAGAAGCACUAUGUAGUUCAGCCUGUAGAUGGCGCGAGUGGGCCGCUCCACAGGCCCGAAGGCAAAGGAGUUUGAUUAAAUUGGAGUUGGCUGGAGCUUAGAUUGAAUGGGGGAUGGUAAAGACUUUGUGUGUGUGUUUGUGUGUGCAAAUGUGACUAAGAGUGUUUGAGAAAUGAGGGUGCAAUUUCCCACCAGCCUGCGUGUGUUUUCCUUUUCUGGUCAGAGGAUUGUUUCGUGACGAGCAGGGCUAAGGGCUAAAUGUUAAAUCAAGGAAACGUGCAGUCUUUUAAGGUGGAACAAGACAACGAAACAGCUCUGUUCUUCUCUCUCUGCUUUCUCGUUUGGAACGGCACAUGGAUAUGAAUGUUUAAAACAACAGCUUUUAGUUGUUUUGUUGAUAUCUUUUGUUUGGUUUAAAAUAACCUGUCAUUCAUAAUGUAAAUAAUAUACAGCUACAACAGGACUGUCCUCCCUCCCUCCCUAACAGAGUUUACUCCUGCUUGGUUAUGCAAAGGCUUGACAUCUGUCCACAGGGAAGGACAUUGUGACAGUGGACUGGAAACUACGAGCCUCAAUUCAUACAAAGAUUUUGAGAAAAAAAAAAGAGGAAGCGAAACAUUGUCAGUGUCUGUGUAAAUGCAAACUGCUUUUAUUUAUGUAUUCUAAUUUAAAGGGGAAUGGUACGCUGUUUUUGGCUCCGAGGCAAGCUGCGGCUGUUUGAUGGAAAAUGUGUGAAUGGGUGAAAAUAAAUGAGAUGCACACUGUC